AUGCAGCCGGCCACCACCACCCGCCACGCCACGCAUCCGACAGCUUGUCGUACAUGCCGGCGCCGCGGCCGCAAGUGCGACAAGACCCUGCCAUUAUGCCAGAGCUGUAAGGACAGAUCCGUUGUUUGUGAGGGUUACGUGACCCGGUGGACGGGUGUCGCGGCGCGCGGCAAACUACGUGGGAAGACGAUUCCGAUCCUCGUGGAUGAAGAGUGUGGUGAAGGCAAACGUCUUGUGAAGAAGCAAAGUGCUGUUUCCACCACUAAAUGGCAGACUCCGCCGCCGCCGCGGAAGCUUCCACUACGGUCUCAGCAGCAGCGGCAAUCCCAAGAAAUAUCCAAGAGUUCACAUAGCUCGUCAAUUGAAUGGGACCUCCCAGGGACUUCAGACGACCUGGAUACUUUUAUUGAUUAUUUUACAUACGAGCUCAGCGGGAUUCCCUACCUAGGGUCAGAACCAGAGCAGAGCCCAUACCUGCUGUAUGUCCGCCCCCUAACGAAUCAUGUGCCGCCACUUCGAUAUGUCGUGGCAGCAUCAGCGGCGUCCCAUCUGGCAAUACGCUUUCAAAAUGAUUCGCUGAAAGCCAGGAGCCGCCAGUGGCAGCUCAAGGCGAUGGAGCUCAUGCGUCAGAGGCUCGCGUCGAGAGCGUUGACGGCGGAUUUUGGGACAGUGCUGAGCAUUCUCAUGAUGGCUCAAAUGGAUAUGUGCACAGGGGACUGCGCCGAGUUCGACACGCAUAUUCCCGCUGCAAGAGCCUUUGUCGACGAGCAUGGCUCGAACCUACCAGACCGAGGCUACUGUGAACAGCGACUCGCAUGGCUCGACAUCAUGCGCUCCACAACCUCGGACCGUUUCCUGACAUUCACGUCCCCCGACCUCAAAAAGGUCUUCAGCCGCUACCGAUCCGCCGCGGGCCACGUGCGCGAAUGGGGCAACGAAGCCUUCGCCUGCCCGAUCGACCUGCUCGAAUACAUCGUCGACGUCACGGUACUCUACAAGAUCCAGCCUCGCGGCCAGCUCUUCUCCCCGUCCACCAUCGAGAAAGCAUCGCUUUUCUUGGAGCGCGUUUGCGCCUGGACGCCCCCGUCGGGCUAUUACUCCGAGCAGAUGGGACAUGUUGUAAAGGCGUGGCAUGCUGGUGUGCAGUUGUAUGUUAUUCGGCUGUUCCAGCUUCAUCAUCAUCACCACCACCGCUGUGGGGAAGGCGACGAUGACGCUACGGUGCGCACUGCGGAACUUGUUGAGACGGUGCUUGCGCAGGCCAAGGCUGUGAAAAGGCCUAGUGCGUGGAGCCAUGCGUCCGUGUGGCCGCUGUUUCAGGCAGGACUAUGGCUUGAAGGGGCGGAGUCCUUCGAGCAACGGCAGUGGUUGAUGGACUUUCUCCAGAUGAUGACGCGCACUUCGGGAUGCAGACAGCUGGAUGUCGCGGCCUCGACGUUAAAGACCAUAUGGAAGAGCGGCGAGUAUUACGACUCCAUCACUGCGGGGAACUUAACGGGCGCUCUGAUUCUGUAA